AUGUCGUUGCGGUCGAAGGCCCUAGCGCUGGUGGAAGUGUUGCUACGGGUACCGCCGCUGUUUGUUGUCGAUGAGUUCCUCAAGAUCAGCUUGGGCCUGCCCGUGUCCACCGGCGAAGAAGUGUCCGUCCUUUCCAACGUCACUGACGACCACGUCGAUAUUUCGGAUGCAGAGGCUAUCUAUUACGACGCCAAUUUUUACAACGCGUUUUUCUUCAUAUUCCUAAAAUUUCUCGUCUGCUGUUUAGGAUGUAUGUCAGCCCUCUGCAUUUUCGUGUUGUGCACGAAACACCUGAUUAUAGUGUACCUCUACUUGAUGUCCCUCGGUAUUGUCUUCAUCUCCUACUGGACUAAUGUAUCUGCUAUCAAGCAAAUCCAGGCACUGACCUUAUCUGCGACAUCCACUCAACCCUGUGCGAGUAUUCUCGAAGAUAUUCUCAACCUAAACCUAAAGAACCUACUUGACCUCGAUGGCCCAGGUAUCCUGGUCAUACAAAACUUCGCGAUACAGUUCACCCUAUCAGUUAUCUUCAGAAAUGUUCACCUCGGACCGCGCCAACAGACAGUCCAGAAGUUAUUACCGAUCGCGUUCAUGGCACCAUCAUUUUUGGCAAUGCUCCCAGUACCUCCUCAUCUUUUACAUCAUUCACCAGUGUUCUCAGUGCUUUUACCUCUAUGUCUAGUCAAAUAUGUCCUAUGGUCUUCAGCUUAUGACGUCAUACAAGUAAUCUACGCUGGGUAUCAACAUGGGAGGCUAUUUGUAAGCAACUUCGGGCUAUCUGCUCUUGUAGAAACUGAAUGGAUUCGUUUAAAUAUUCCUUGUGUACUGAGAGUGUUUUGGGUGCUGAGAGUUGCGGAACAUGCUAUGUUACUUCUCAUGGAAAACUACGAUGAAGACAGCGAUGAAGGAUUAAAAGUCUCCACAUUACUAGCGGUCCAGUCUGUCGCCUCGAUGGCUAAAUCUUUGCUAGUAACAGGAUGUGAGACUAUCACCGCCGUUCUCGGCAUGACCUCCGUUAUCUCCUUCUUCUGUCAUUAUAUCGGGAGCUUCUUCCAGUGGAUCCUGCUGACAGAUGAAGAAGAAGACAAGAGUAUAGGAACUGUGUCUGCUAUUCUUUUCUAUAUACUCGCCUUGCAGACUGGUUUGACAACUUUGAAUCCCGAGAAGCGAUUCGUUAGAUUAUGCCGAAAUUUCUGUUUGCUGUUCACGGCCCUGUUACACUUCUUGCACAAUAUUGUUAACCCUAUGUUAAUGUCGCUAAGCGCUUCGCACAACCCUAGCACCCACCGGCACGUGAGAGCAUUAGGCGUUUGCGCCUUUCUAAUAACGUUCCCGAUCUCAUUACUAGUAUAUCUAUGGUCACAGCACACGAUUUCUACCUGGCUUUUGGCUGUCAGCGCUUUUAGCAUCGAAGUUAUCGUGAAAGUAAUAGUUAGCCUCAUGAUAUACUCACUAUUUUUAAUAGACGCAUACAGAAGUACAUUCUGGGAACAGUUGGACGAUUAUGUUUAUUACAUACGCGCGUUCGGGAACUCAAUAGAGUUUUGCUUUGGAAUCUUCUUGUUCUUUAACGGCGCUUGGAUUCUGCUGUUCGAAUCUGGAGGAGCGAUUCGAGCGGUCAUGAUGUGUAUUCACGCCUACUUCAAUAUUUGGUGUGAAGCGCGCGCCGGUUGGUCGGUGUUUAUGAAACGACGUACGGCAGUUAAUAAGAUAAACUCGUUAAGAGAGGCUUCAGUACAGCAGCUCGAUCGUUUGGACGACGUGUGCGCCAUCUGCUACCAGGAGAUGCACUCGGCCAAAAUAACGCGUUGCAAUCACUUCUUCCAUGGAGUUUGCCUAAGAAAGUGGCUCUAUGUGCAGGACCGCUGUCCGCUUUGCCAUGACAUUCUUUAUAAGAUAGACAAUGAUCCGACCAAGGACAAUAAUUCAGAGGCUAGCAAUGAAGAUAACAGUAAUCAAAACAUUCUCUUGGACGACGAAGAUCCGGAUCUCUUGCUUGGUGAAGGUGUAAGAUGA